CAAACAAAAUUGAGUUUAGCUAUCCAUAUUCUAAAAUUCAAUUCAGUUGUCAAAAACCGACUUUGCUGACUCACAACUAAUUGACUUUCAUUUCUUCAUCCAUUUUCUAUAUAUAUUCACUAUUACCAACGGAUUGCCCAAUCUCAAAAUCUGUCUUUCCAUUUACUCCUUAAAAAGGGCAAUUUAAUGGAGUUUCUUCAGAAAUCAGUUCCCGGUACCUUGAAGAGAUACUGGAGAAGGCGGCGAUACCAAAGACUCCACGGCGGCGAAGUGAUCAAGAAAAAGAACGUAAAAGUCACGAGGAUCGGAGCGAGGUCGCGAAGGUUUUGGAAGAUCAAAGCGAUACCGAAGCUGCGAUGGAGGCCGAUAAAGCUUUUGACGAAGCUCAAAAACGGUUACAUGAAUAUGAUGAUAAGAUUAGCAGGGACUGUGGGGCAUUUGACUGCUGAGAAUCAAUUCGGAGGGAAACGGAUUCCCAAAGCACGAAAGGUUGCUUUGGGUUAUUCGAGCUAUGAAUUUGAUCAAAGGUUGGUUUAUGAGAUUUACAAGAAUUUAAGUGCUACCCAUGAGCUAUAUGGAUAAAGGAACUUGACGGGUAGGGAUGAAUCUUAGAAGAUGAUUUUGUAAAUUUGAUUCAGUUCAGUUCAUUUUUUUCAAAGUCCGUUAGCUAGCAAAGGAGCAGCUUCAAGGACAACUCGACAACUGUAGAGCCUCCUGCAAGUCUGAGGCCAUUGCUUGGCAAAGGUGUAAUUAGAUUGUAUAAUCAGCUCUUAUGUACCAAAAACAUAUAUAUAUAUAUAUAUCAACCAAUGAUUACACAAAAAGCAAGUAAAUUACCUCAACCAAUAAAUUUACUUACGAAUUA